UUGGCUGCCCCCUCCCCCUCCCCAGUGUCGCGAGUUGGCGCCGCUGCCACCCCCCGGUCCGCGCUCUUGGCCACUCGGCCGGGCGGUACCGAGCCCUCCCGGCACUCCCCUCCUGUCUUCCCUCCGACCUUCCGGCCUGCCUUUCCCCGCGGCACUGCCACCCCCACACCUUCGCCCCAGCCCUCUUCUCUCCCCGCCGAGCCGCGGCGGCAGCAGCAGCAGCAGCAGCCAGAGGAGGAGCCGGAGGCGGCGGUGGCCGGGGAGCCCAUGGCGUACAGUCAGGGAGGCGGCAAGAAGAAAGUCUGCUACUACUACGAUGGUGAUAUUGGAAAUUAUUAUUAUGGACAGGGUCAUCCCAUGAAACCUCAUAGGAUCCGCAUGACCCAUAACUUGCUGCUAAAUUAUGGCUUGUAUAGAAAAAUGGAAAUAUAUAGGCCCCAUAAAGCCACUGCUGAAGAAAUGACAAAAUACCACAGCGACGAGUACAUCAAAUUUCUACGUUCAAUAAGACCAGAUAACAUGUCUGAGUAUAGUAAGCAGAUGCAGAGAUUUAAUGUUGGAGAGGAUUGUCCAGUGUUUGAUGGACUCUUUGAGUUUUGUCAGCUUUCAACUGGUGGUUCAGUUGCUGGGGCUGUGAAGUUAAACCGACAACAAACUGAUAUGGCUGUUAACUGGGCUGGAGGAUUACAUCAUGCUAAGAAAUCAGAAGCAUCAGGAUUCUGUUAUGUUAAUGAUAUUGUGCUUGCCAUCCUUGAAUUACUAAAGUAUCAUCAGAGAGUCUUAUAUAUUGAUAUUGAUAUACAUCAUGGUGAUGGUGUUGAAGAAGCUUUUUAUACAACAGAUCGUGUAAUGACUGUAUCAUUCCAUAAAUAUGGGGAAUACUUUCCUGGAACAGGAGACUUGAGGGAUAUUGGUGCAGGAAAAGGCAAAUACUAUGCUGUCAAUUUUCCAAUGAGAGAUGGUAUAGAUGAUGAAUCAUAUGGGCAGAUAUUUAAGCCUAUUAUCUCAAAAGUGAUGGAGAUGUAUCAACCUAGUGCUGUGGUGCUACAGUGUGGUGCAGACUCACUAUCCGGUGAUAGACUUGGUUGCUUCAAUUUGACAGUCAAAGGUCAUGCUAAAUGUGUAGAAGUCGUAAAAACUUUCAAUUUACCAUUACUGAUGCUUGGGGGAGGUGGAUAUACAAUCCGCAAUGUUGCUCGAUGUUGGACAUAUGAGACUGCUGUUGCCCUUGAUUGUGAGAUUCCCAAUGAAUUGCCAUAUAAUGAUUACUUUGAGUAUUUUGGACCAGACUUCAAACUGCAUAUUAGUCCUUCAAACAUGACAAACCAGAACACUCCAGAAUAUAUGGAAAAGAUAAAACAGCGUUUAUUUGAAAAUUUACGCAUGUUGCCACAUGCACCUGGCGUCCAAAUGCAAGCUAUUCCGGAAGAUGCAGUUCAUGAAGACAGUGGAGAUGAAGAUGGAGAAGAUCCAGACAAGAGAAUUUCUAUUCGAGCAUCAGACAAACGGAUAGCUUGUGAUGAAGAAUUCUCAGAUUCUGAGGACGAAGGAGAGGGAGGUCGUAGAAAUGUGGCUGAUCAUAAGAAAGGAGCAAAGAAAGCUAGAAUUGAAGAAGACAAGAAGGAAACGGAGGACAAAAAAACAGAUGUUAAAGAAGAAGAUAAAUCCAAGGACAAUAGUGGUGAAAAAACAGAUACCAAAGGAGCCAAAUCAGAGCAGCUCAGCAACCCUUGAAUUUGAGAGUCUCAUCACUUUCAGUGAGAAAAUAUUGGGAAGAAAAAUGUUUUCUUUUUGAAGACUUCUGGCUUCAUUUUAUACUACUUUGGCAUGGACUGUAUUUAUUUUCAAAAUGGCUUUUUUGGUUUUGUUUUUCUUGGCAAGUUUUAUUGUGAGUUUUCUAAUUACGAAGCAAAAUUUCUUUUCUCCACCAUGCUUUAUGUGAUAGUAUUUAAAACUGAUGUGUUAUUAUGUCAAAAAACUGCUCUAUUAGAGAAGUAAUUGGCCUUUCUGAGCUGAUUUUUCCAUCUUUUGUAAUUAUCUUUAUUAAAAAAUUGUACUUGGAUUGUCUUU